AUGUCUAACGGAGCAGGGAUCACACCUCCUCUGAGGUUGAAGAACCGACGGCCCUCAUCGGAAGAAACACCAUCGACCGUGAUAGGGCCGGUUCAAGGCGAGAAAAGGCCUCCGCCUAUUCCUCCGAAAGAUAAGCUUCGACGCGGACAAUCUCUCCAAGAGAACCCGAAGCUCUAUCCACAGGAGCAAUCGUAUGUCUCUGAAGCCCCGGGCAAUGUUGCCUUCAAUCGUGAAGGGCAGUCCAGGUCAUCGGUCCCAACGCCAGCGAGGAGCGAGGAUCCUCGCUCAUCUCUACAUGGAUCGGGCAGUCGCAAUGUUCUACAGAAGAGACGUCCUUCCGAACUGCCCCCUCCUUCGAGUUCGUCUCGCGCCGAUACGAAAGAGCCCCAGUCCUGGUACAGAAAGGCUCAGCCGGACAAUUCAGUCAAUCCAUACCUUCCCAAGCGAUCUAACUCCGCCAAAGAACUCCUUCGACCUCCAGGCUCUACCUCACUGGAAGACCAAGCUCAUCCUAACCCCCGAGAAGCCGCUCGCGUCGCCGCACGAUAUGCGAUGACGAGAGAUCUUCGGCGUGCUCAGUCCUUGAAAGAGAAAAGAAGCACUGCGCCGACCACUGCACAGUCUACUAGUCUCGACCAGCUAGCUCCGCAGAAUCGGGACAAGCCUCUUCCCGCUCAACCCAAGAGACAUGGCCAUCGCCAUGCGGAUUCCGACCCCGGUAUUACCGCGGCCACAUUGGAGCUUCUGACCAGCGACGUCGAACCAUUGAGGCGUCGAUUGGACACGACACCUGGUGCCUACGGUGAAAACCGUAAGACGGUAGGAUCCAUAUACAGUCAAGACUCUGCCGCGUCUGAGAGUGUGUUGGCCGUCAGCGCCCAAGAGCAGAGCGCGGACGGCCACCGGAUAAGCCACCACCCUUCCAACAGAGCUUCCUCACCUACGGGUACGAUAGUCACUGGGCGGGUGGAGCCGCCCGAAGACGACGCAGAGACGGUUCGGCUCCGGCGGCGCAGAUAUUCGAAGCACGGGUCGGACUAUUACACCGACUCGCACUGCAGCGUUGGCGGGGGACAGAGUCCCAUGACUCCUGUAGAUCCGGGUUUCAAUAUUAAGUCGGGCAAUUUGGAUGAAGUCUUCCCGUCCAUCCUCAAACCAUACAGGCUGAUGCGCGCCUUGCCCAAGGACGAUUUCGAGUCGCUUUCCCGCCUUCCUGCGUUAGCUGAGGUAUUCGACGGCUGUCUAACGACGGUCAUAGGCUACCUCGGCGGAGUCCCUCAAGAGGUCCAAGCCACCACGACGUAUCAGAACGCCUUGAGCGGGCUACAAUUCUCCCGGAAUAUGUUCAUGGCUCAGGUGGGCGCUCUCAAGACAGACUCGGUUCGUCAGAGUAUCGUGACGGUCCAAAGCUGCGAUGAUAUCGUCAGCCUAACGGAGGAGCUCCUUGAUGAAACUAUGCGAAGCCUGAGGGGGUUGUUGGGCGUCGUAAAUGGCGUUAUGAACGAAGAACCGGGCGACCUGGACUCGCUUCUGGAGGAGACAGCAGACACGGAACCUGCUCGGGACGACUCUUCAGUCGACCAAGACGUAAAGGUUCAAGAGGGCGUGGCUGGCACCUCUACCCACACCUUGGCAGUGCCCAGAAUAUCAGUGGCAUAUGCAAGCACCGUCACCCUCGCCGUUCCAGACGAUACUCACCAGGCCGAAUGCGAUCCUAGCGCUGCAGAGACACAAUCGACCACUGACACACUUCGCCCCUCCCAUGCGAAGGGCAAGAUGAAGGAAGAACGGCCGAUAUCGUUGGCAUUCACAGACGACAUGUCUGUCAUAUCCACCGAAGCAGGAGACGAGGUUCCUGCUCUGCCAGCCUCGGUGGCUGGAUGGCGAAAUAAAGCCUUUGGCGCGCCUCUCUUAGGUCUCAAAUCAUCCCAGUCGACUCUAGCACUCAAGACGAGCAAGGCGACGCCGAAUGGCAUUCGAUUCUCGUUGUAUCAGUUCCCGAAUUUAUUCACCGCCGACGGUGACAUUGCAGAACUCGCCAUUGCCAACGGGGACAUCACGCUGGGUGACGACGGUUCGGUAACAACCGCUACCUUCCCUGCUCUCGUGAGGGUACUCACGUCGACCCGGGACCUUGUCGAUUACGACUUCAACGAGAUAUUCUUCUUGGCUUUUCGCUUGUUUUCAACGCCGACCCAGCUGUACAACGAACUGGUCCAGCGGUACUGCGUUAAACCUCCGCCUGGGUUAGCAGGGAGCGAGUUAACGCAAUGGAGAAAGAAAGCUAGGGCGACAAAGCUCCGUGUUGCACGCGCCCUCCACUCGUGGGCCGAGUUCUAUUGGAGGGCAGAAUACGACAAAGACAUCACGAUGAAGCUGGUCAACUUCGCUUUCGGCAGGAUCUCCAAGGACUUCAGGGAAUCAUCGAAGGAUCUGGUGGAUAGCUUGCACAAAUGCGCUUGUGCUCCGUCCGUAUAUAAAGGCCGCCAGCUUCAAGUCAAUGUCCAGGCGCUGGAAGCGACUAUGAAUACGGAUAUGGCACAGGAGCGAUUCCCCGGGUUUGGCGGACUAUUCGCCAAAGGACACGUGUCCAACAUUCCUGAAACCUCGAACAUUCAUCCGUUCAGCAGCCCUCGUGCCAAUCAAGAGCUCGCGGAACAGCUCACUGUAUUGGAGUCAUCUUUGUACAGAGCCGUAGACCCGUUCGAUCUCCUGCGAUACAGCGUUAAGAAGGAAUCCCUCCCCGCGGAGACUAGGCAGACAAUAAAGCGGGUGACGGACUGCUCCAACGCUUUAAUGGAAUGGACGAAGCAGACUAUCAGGGCAGCAGAAACCCCUGCUCAGAUGGCUGAGAUAUACGAAUUCUUUGCUCUACUCGGCACGAAUUGCGUGAAGUUACGGAACUUUCAAUCUGCCAUGUCUAUCUGGGGUGGCCUCAGCGCUCUCCGGCAGAAGGAACUCGCGGAUAUUAUGAAGCUCGUGUCCGUCACCAGCCAUAAUUAUUUCGCUUCUAUGGCCCGUCUGUUCGGCCACGGCCUCAAGCUGACCGACUAUAUCGAAGCCUUGAAUCGGGAGAACAGGCCUGCGGUGCCGUACCUAGGGCUCUUUGCGAAUGACCUAGUGCGCAUAUAUGAACACCCGAAGUAUAGCACCGAGCCGAGCGAGAGCGGGGAAGAGAUGAUCAAUGUCCUCCGUCUCAGAGGCAUUGCGAGGGUCUUCAGAGAGAUCGAGAAGUACCACGUUCCGUACAAGCUGCACGCGAACGAGAAUAUCCAGCAGUAUCUCGCUAGCGUGCUGGAGCAAUAUAAACCUGACGAGUCGUCCUAGGUUAACCCUGGACACGAUGCGUGUCCUCUUGAGGGAGUUGUGCGCCACUGCUCCUUCAGGACCAUGCCAUUUCGCGAUGGCUGCACUAUAGCGAAAGAAACUAACUUUUCUUUUUCUGCACUCUGGAGUCCUUCCUCGACUUCAUACACACCACGUUCCUUAUUUUAUUCCAAUAUCUAUGUCAGGUGCUACGCUCUUUUUGCCUUUCUGCUUCUGUGUAGCCAUAGUAUCUAUGUCUUAUUUAUUGCCCGAGCAAUUGACCUUACAGGUAGAUACUAGGCCAUCACCGUUGUUUCUGUCAGUACACCACAUAUUACCGAAACGUUCCUUCCCUCUUGUAGCAUAGUCGUCCGAAUGUACAUCACCAAUCCGCCAAUGCAAUCAUACAUAUGCCAACGGGAAGCACGCCUCGGACUUCACCUGCAAGUUGUUUUGUGGCAUAACAUAGGUGGUGCAUACAUGGACGUAUGAAGGUAAGUGCCGUAAACCGCUCAUAUCAACUCAGCUCCCCUCAUGCGCGCGCGGCCUCGAUCCUCCGUCGGGCGACCUGUCGCCGAUUCAGACCAGCAAGAGGGGACGCAACCUCCUUGUCCUUGGCGCGCUCAACUUCCUCAUCCUUAGCCGUCAGAAUAACCUCGAUGUGGCAGGGAUGACCGAGGUAGGGGUUGAUACGACCGUGCGCACGGUAUGUGCGGCGGCGGGUUUUGGGUGCUUGCUGGACAACAAUGUUCUUGAUGUACAGAUCCUCAACGUCCAAGCUCUUAGCAUCGGCAUUUGACUCGGCGUUCUUGAGGAGGCGGAGGAUGAAUCUGACAGACUUCUCGGGCCAGCGACCCUGAGUAGCCUUGAAUUGCUUUGCCUGGCCCGUCCGCCCGACACCGCCAGAGAAUCUCCGGAAGGGAAUAACCUGCUUGUGCUCCUUCACGUCACCGAGGUAGGCGUACGCCUUCGUGAGCUUCAGACCAGUAAGGGCAGCAGCCACCUCCCGCAUGUUCUUGAAGUGGGUACGGAGGUACUCGCCGCGCGAGCGGGAGG